AAGUUACGUGACGUUUACUGAUAGUUUCCAAAACAUUGUUAUCGAAAAUGUGUUUUCAGUUUGUGUGUGCAAUGUCAUGAUAAAUCCAUCCCAAAACCCAAUACGAAAUGUUAUCUAGUUUAAGAGAAAAGCUGUUUAAUGUCAAGAAAAACGUCAACAUUUUUAACACCAACGACGAGAGGCCCCAAAAGUGCAACACAAACCUGAAUCCUAACGCAGGGGCGGAGAUAUUAUCCAAAUACCAAGACCAAUGGGCGGAAAUCCAUAAAUCCAACGAGGAGAAUGCCGAAAGUGCGGCUAAAAUGGCCGUGCAAAUUGAUGUGAUGGCCAAACGAGCAAUUAAUGACAAAUCGAAUGCUGAGUUGAUCACCUACAUUUUGAAGCAAAGCAACUUGAGAACCAACAUAUCGAAUUGUUUGGCUCAAAUUCAAACACUCUAUGACACAUGUGAAAAGGUUGAGAGAGGCUUAAUUGUGCUUGAAGAUCUGAUUGAGGAAAAAGAGUUUUGUAAGAUAAAAAAGCAGCACAGUUUCCACUUGAAGCAAUAUGAAUCAAGGCAACAAGAUGCCUUAGAAGAAUAUAAAUUAACGUUGGAGAAUGAGCACAAGAAAAAAAUUGUUGCACAUGAAGCCAACAAGAAAAAAGUUUCGGAAGAGAGGCAAAGGGUGUUUCAGGAAGCAUUCAAAACUGAUUUAGAAAUUUACAAAAAUUUGGGGACAAUUCCUAAGGUGGAAUUGCCUAAAAAACAAAGUGCCUUACUGGAAGAAAUUCAAUUAGAUUAUGAUCAAAAUGAACUGGAUCAGUUUUUCAAUGAGAAUUAACCUAAAGUGCAAUUUAUUGGAUAUUUCAGAAGAACUAUGUAUACAAUACAUUUGUUAAUGGUUUAAGGGAGAUUUGCUGUAGGAUUAAGAGAUUCAGAUUAUAUAUGUAUUUUUAUAUGGUUACUGUUAUAUUGUUAUAUUUAAUCAGUUAUUUGUAUAUAUAAAUUGUUUUUAAAUAAU